UUCGCAUUUUUCCCUCCUUUUGAAGAAGCAACACUGUCUCUGCCUCUCAAUCAGAGCAACGUCUCAUACUCUCAUUCUCCGUUCUAAAAAUGGGUGUCAAGAAUUUGUGGGACAUCCUCGAAUCAUGCAAGAAAACGGUUCCGCUUCACCAUCUCCAGAACAAGAGGGUGUGCGUGGACCUAUCGUGCUGGAUGGUGCAGCUUCAGAAUGUGAGCAAGUCACACGCUUGCAUGAAGGAGAAGGUUUACCUCAGAGGCCUCUUUCACCGCCUCAGAGCUCUCAUUGCUCUCAAUUGCAACGUUGUUUUCGUCGCAGACGGGUCAAUUCCUGCCAUCAAAUUAUCAACUUAUAGGCGUCGCUUGAACAUGGGGAAAGAGGUGGAACAUAAUGAAACUAACUCACAGCAAGUGACAUCAUUAAGAAGAAACAUGGGGUCUGAGUUUUCUAUAAUGAUAAAGGAGGCUAAAGCCUUGGGGAUGGCUCUUGGCAUUUCUUGUUUGAAUGGGAUUGAAGAAGCUGAAGCUCAGUGUGCUUUGUUGAACUUUGAGUCAUUAUGUGAUGGAUGUUUCAGUUCAGAUUCAGAUAUAUUUCUUUUUGGUGCAAGGACGGUGUAUAGGGAUAUCUGUCUCGGUGACGGUGGACAUAUUGUUUGUUAUGAGAUGGCAGACAUUGAAACAAAACUUGGAUUUGGAAGAGAUUCACUGAUUGCUCUCUCUUUACUUCUUGGCUGUGACUAUUACCAAGGGGUUCAUGGUUUGGGUCCGGAAUCAGCUUGCCAGAUUGUAAAAUCAAUUGGGGACAAAUUUGUUCUUAAAAAAAUUGCUUCUGAAGGGCUUGAAUGGGCCAAAAAAAGAAAAGGAGGUGUAAAUAAUUUACAGAAAGACGAGAAGGUUUUGCAAGUAAUUAAUGCUUAUAUGAAACCAAAAUGUCACUCAGCAGAUUCAGAUGUCGUGCAUAGGGCUUUGGCUCAGUACCAGUUUCAACGUAUUAAACUCCAUCAGAUAUGUACUGAAUUGUUUGAGUGGCCUUCAGAGAAAACAGAUGGUUACAUCCUUCCGAGCAUCGCUGAGAGAGAUUUACGAAGAUUUGCUAAUUUGCGGAUAACUUCAUCUGAACUUGGAUUGAACCCUCCUUUACAUGAGAUCCCUGUGAAGUGUCCUGUUUCCGAAAUAGUCAAGAACAGAAGAGUUCAAGGGAGGGAAUGCUAUGAAGUUUCUUGGGAAAAAAUGGAUGGACUUGAAACUUCAAUAGUACCUGCAGAUCUUAUAGAAAGUGCAUGUCCUGAGAAGAUUUUGGAGUUUGAGGAGAAAAAAGCUCAAAAGAAGAAACAAAACAUUCAGAAAAGAAGAUCAAAGAAGAAUGAAACUGCAUCAUCUGUGGCUGAACUUGAUGAAAAGCUUCAGAAUUUGUUGCUGGAUAUUAAUCUGGGAGACAAAGGCAACCACAAUGGUGAGAGUUUCGGAUUUUCAACUGCAAUGGCUGCAACUGAUCUCAGCACCUCAGAGUUUUCAUAUCAAUCUCAUGGUAACAUCGAACAUACCAGGAACAUAUCUACCAAUGAUGCUGUUUCUAGUUCCAUUACCAUUUCAAGUAUGCAUAAAGUUGAGGUCAUAGAUCUUCUGAGCCCUUCACCAGCACCUAAGAAAUCUCAUGAACAACGAUCAAGUAAACAAAAUGUUGAAGUGAUUAAUUUGAGUGACAUAGAAAAUGACAUGUCACCUGAACACAAGGAGAAAGCAAAAGACUUGAGAUUGUUCUUAGCAAGUAUUAGAAAUGAAAUGCACUGAAUGGCAAUGUUUGUUUCUAAUUGUAAACUAAUAUGUAAAAAACAGAUGUAUUAUUGUUACUCAUCUUCGAUGUUAAAUAUGUUGA